AUGAGCAGGCCGCAGAUCCUGUUCCUCUCCUGCAUCGGCAUCGCGGUAGCUUUCACUGCUAUGCUCUACGGAAACCACCUCUCAACCUUUACAUCCGUGUUCUCAAAGACCAUGUCUACAUCCGCUGCUCGUCGCCCCGUCAUCGUCGUGGGCUCCGGCCUCGCAGGUCUCUCAGCCUCAUACGAGGCUCUCCAGCGUGGUGCGCCCUCAGUCCACUUGCUCGACCGCGCUCCUAAGCCCGGCGGUAACAGCAUCAAGGCUUCCUCUGGUAUCAAUGGCGCCGGCACAAAGUACCAGAAAGCUGCUGGCGUCGAGAGCGAUACUCUCUUCUAUAGCGAUACUGUCCGCUCGGCGGGCUCUCGCUUCGGUCUUGCUCAACCACCCGUCGACCGUGAAACUCUCAUCACCAAGCUCACCGGCGAAUCCGCAGCAGCCGUCAACUGGCUCGUCGAUGAGAUCGGUGUUGACCUGAGUGUUGUCGCUCCUCUUGGCGGCCAUAGUCUCGCCCGCACCCACCGCGGUGCCGGAAAGACACCACCCGGAGCUGCCAUCGUGAUUGCUCUUCUCAACAAGCUCAAGGAGAAUGAAAAGUUCUCCAUCACCAACCUCGCCGAAGUCAAGGCGCUUCUCAGCGAGAACGAUGCCGUCAAGGGCGUCGAGUACGAAUUCGAGGGUGAAAAGCACAGCCUCGAGGGUUCCGUCAUGUUUGCUAGCGGCGGCUUCGCAGGCGAUGCCACCGGUCUUCUAGCUCGUUACCGCCCUGACCUCAAGGGCAUUCCUUCAACCAACGAGGAGCGACCCGGAUCUCAUGACAUCCUCACCGCCGUCGGUGCCGAGCUUCUCGAUAUGGACAGCGUGCAGAUCCACCCCACAGGCUUCGUCGACCCCGCGAGCCCCAACACUAUGCUCAAGUUCCUCGCUGCCGAGAUGCUCCGUGGCGAGGGUGGCAUCCUCCUCUCAUCUGCCGGCUCCCGUUUUGUCAACGAGAUGGAGACACGCGAGCACGUCAGCAAAGCCGUCAUGGAGCUUCCCGCCGCAACAGACGGCGACGGCACCAUCAAGCAGUGGGAUGUGACCAUUCUCCUUGACCCCGGUGCGUCAGAGGCCUCUGCCAACCACAUCAGCUUCUACGAGUGGAAGGGCCUGAUGAAGAAGGUCAAGGUCCGCGACCUCGAGCCCGCCGCCAUCGCGGCCGUAGACAAGUACGCCAAGGCCGUCGCCGAGGGAGCAGAGGAUGAAUUUGGCCGCAAGACAUACGGCCGAUGGACUCUCAAGCCCGGUGAGGAGAACCGUGACCAAGACAUCUACAUUGGUCGUGUCACCCCUAUUGUCCACUUCACCAUGGGAGGUGUCGCCAUCGACGAAAAGGCCCACGUCCUGCGGAAGCGCGACGACAAGCUCGUCCCCAUCCCCGGCCUGUUUGCUGCUGGAGAGAUUACUGGCGGCAUUCACGGCGACAACCGCCUAGGAGGAUCCUCUCUGUUGGAGUGUGUUGUCUAUGGAAGGACUGCUGGUGCUGAGAUUGCCGCCUCGUCCUAG